AUGCAGCGGCUGGAGAGACUCUGUCGGUGGCGGCGGCGGGGACGAGGCAGGGACAGGGGGGGCGACGGCAAAAUGAAGUAUCAGAAAUACCUGACUGUCUUGCAGAUGGCCAUAGGGGUGACCGCCUCCAACAGGGGCAGUCUGAUGCCCUUAAAGAGGAAGCUGUGGGUAACUCCAUCUUCCGAAAAUCCCAAUGGUGCUACCUGUAGUGUAAGUCAGGGAAAGCCCUCUUUAAGAAGAAUAAAAGGGAGAAUACACAGAAGCAAAAGUCUUGAUAGCAUUGAUUUCUGUGAAUUCACUAGCACAACAAUGGAAGAAACAGCUAUAUGGGAACAACACACAGUGACUCUUCACAGGGCCCCUGGAUUUGGAUUUGGUAUUGCAAUAUCUGGAGGAAGAGAUAAUCCUCACUUUCAGAGUGGUGAGACAUCAAUAGUUAUUUCUGAUGUGCUGAAAGGAGGCCCAGCAGAAGGACUGCUACAAGAAAAUGACCGUGUUGCAAUGGUUAAUGGAGUUUCAAUGGAUAAUGUUGAGCAUGCAUUUGCUGUUCAGCAGCUGAGGAAAAGUGGGAAGAAUGCCAAAAUCACUAUCCGAAGGAUGAAGAAAAUUCAGAUUCCAGUGUCUCGACCAGACCCCGAACCAGUGUCUGAAAACGAGGACGACAGCUACGAUGAAGAAAUCCGGGAUCCCAGGAGCAGCCGUGGCGCUCCCAGCGGCAGCAGGAGGCAUGAGAAGAGCUGGGUCAGAGAUCGCAGCGCAAGCAGGGAGAGGAGCUUGUCUCCAAGGUCAGACCGGAGGUCUGUCGCCUCCAGCCAGCCUGCAAAACCCACCAAAGUCACACUGGUGAAAUCCAGGAAAAAUGAAGAGUAUGGUCUGCGGUUGGCAAGUCACAUAUUUGUGAAAGAAAUAUCACAGGAUAGCCUGGCAGCAAGAGAUGGCAAUAUCCAGGAAGGAGAUGUUGUACUGAAGAUAAACGGCACAGUGACGGAAAAUAUGUCCUUAGCAGAUGCCAAAACAUUAAUAGAAAGGUCAAAAGGCAAAUUGAAGAUGGUUGUUCAGAGAGAUGAACGAGCCACACUGUUGAAUGUCCCUGAUCUUUCUGACAGUAUUCAUUCUGCUAAUGCUUCAGAAAGAGAUGACAUUUCAGAAAUUCAGUCGCUGGCAUCAGAUCAUUCCAACCGAUCACAUGACAGGCCCCGCCGCAGUCGUUCACGAUCUCCUGACCAGAGGUCAGAGCCUUCAGACCAUUCCAGACAUUCUCCACAGCAGCCCAGCAACGGCAGUCACCGAAGCAGAGAAGAUGAGAAAAUAACUAAACCAGGAGCUGUCUCUACACCUGUAAAGAAUGCAGAUGAUAUUUCUAAAACUGUGGAAGAGGUGACAGUUGAAAGAACUGAAAAACAAACUCCACCACUCCCAGAGCCAAAGCCAGUGUAUGCACAAGGAGGUCAGCCUGACGUGGAUUUACCAGUCAGUCCAUCUGAUGGUCCUUUACCCAAUUCAACCCAUGAAGAUGGAAUGCUUCGGCCAAGCAUGAAACUGGUAAAAUUCAGAAAAGGAGACAGUGUGGGCUUGCGACUAGCAGGUGGCAAUGAUGUUGGCAUAUUUGUAGCUGGUGUUCUGGAAGACAGCCCUGCAGCAAAAGAAGGAUUAGAAGAAGGAGACCAGAUUCUCAGGGUAAAUAAUGUAGACUUCACAAACAUCAUUAGAGAAGAAGCUGUCCUUUUUUUGCUUGAUCUUCCUAAAGGCGAGGAAGUAACCAUUUUGGCACAGAAGAAAAAAGAUGUUUAUCGUCGCAUUGUUGAGUCUGAUGUAGGGGAUUCUUUCUAUAUCAGAACUCAUUUUGAAUAUGAGAAGGAAUCUCCUUAUGGACUAAGUUUCAAUAAAGGUGAAGUGUUCCGGGUGGUGGACACUCUCUACAAUGGCAAACUGGGUUCAUGGCUGGCCAUUCGAAUUGGAAAGAAUCAUAAGGAAGUGGAAAGAGGUAUCAUACCUAACAAAAACAGAGCUGAGCAGCUGGCUAGUGUACAGUACACACUUCCAAAGACAGCAGGAGGAGAUCGAGCAGACUUUUGGAGAUUCCGAGGCUUGCGGAGCUCAAAAAGAAAUCUCCGGAAAAGCAGAGAAGAUCUUUCUGCCCAACCUGUUCAGACGAAGUUUCCUGCCUAUGAAAGAGUUGUUCUUCGGGAAGCUGGGUUUCUUAGACCUGUAACCAUUUUUGGUCCAAUAGCUGAUGUUGCACGGGAGAAACUUGCUAGAGAAGAACCAGAUAUCUUUCAAAUUGCAAAAAGUGAACCAAGAGAUGCUGGUACUGACCAACGUAGUUCUGGCAUUAUUCGUCUCCACACUAUAAAGCAGAUAAUCGAUAGAGAUAAACAUGCUUUAUUAGAUGUCACUCCCAAUGCAGUGGACCGUCUGAAUUAUGCCCAGUGGUAUCCAAUUGUAGUGUUCCUAAAUCCUGAUUCUAAGCAGGGAGUAAAGACCAUGAGAAUGAGGUUGUGCCCUGAAUCACGAAAAAGUGCCAGAAAGCUGUAUGAAAGAGCUCACAAGCUCCGCAAAAAUAAUCACCAUCUCUUCACAACUACCAUUAACUUGAAUUCAAUGAAUGAAGGAUGGUAUGGAGCUCUUAAGGAAGCAAUUCAGCAGCAACAGAACCAACUGGUGUGGGUUUCAGAAGGAAAGGCAGAUGGUGCUACAAGUGAUGAUCUUGAUUUACACGAUGACCGCCUUUCUUACCUCUCCGCUCCCGGCAGUGAGUAUUCCAUGUACAGCACAGACAGCAGACACACGUCUGACUAUGAGGACACAGACACAGAAGGGGGUGCUUACACUGAUCAAGAACUGGAUGAAACUCUUAAUGAUGAGGUUGGGACUCCUCCUGAAUCUGCUAUCACACGCUCCUCUGAACCUGUUCGAGAGGAUUCUUCUGGAAUGCAUCAUGAGACUCAGACUUACCCUGCUUAUGCAUCUCAAGCUCAGCCACAGCCAAAUCUCAGAACAGACUCUUCAGGAUUUAAAACAACUACUACUCAGCCGAAAGCAGAAGCCUCACCUGCAGUCCCUUACCUUUCCCCGUCGCCUGAAUCAAACCCUGCAACCUCAUCAGCCUCUGCAGUAAAUGCUAAUGUAAACCUAGCUAAUGUCAGACUGGAGGAGCCUACUGCUGCUCCUUACAACUCUUACCAACCACAAGCGGGCCCCUUAAGAGCACCGAGUACUGAGGGAGCUCAUGUAGUACUAAGAGACCAAGAGCCAUCAUCCUUAUCGUCGCAUAUAGAUCCAGCAAAGGUGUACCGAAAGGAUCCAUACAUUAAUGAAGAAGCAUCCAGACAAAGCUACAUCUUAAAACAGCCAGCAAUUAAUCACCCAGUACAGAGACAGGAAAGAGACCCAAAUCUGAUCUAUGAAUCCCAGGCUCAGUAUGCAGAAAAGCAGCCGAGUAGGGAUUAUGAACAAUCAACAUAUAGGUAUGACUCUACAAACUAUGUAGAUCAAUUUUCUCGUGGUUAUGACCCUCGCCUGCAUUAUGAUGACCGUGUGCCUCCCUAUGAGGAGCACUGGACAUACUAUGAGGAGAAACAGCCCUAUAACCAAACAAGAACAGCUUAUGAAAACCAGCCUCCUAGGGAUCUUGAUUCCAGACAAAAUCUAGAAGAGAGCACAGAACGCAGCUAUUACCCAGCACAACCUCGUUUUGAGGAACCCCCUGCAAUGAGCUAUGACAGCAGACCUCGCUAUGAGCAUGCACCCAAAAACUUCAGCUUACCACAAGUGCGAUACGAAGACCAACACACGGUUGGAUACGACGCCCACGGUCGAUACAAACCAGAAGCUCAGCCAUACCAGUCAGCCAUAUCUCGGUCUCCUGAACCCAAGCAGUACUUUGAUCCACACAUAAGGGGCUAUGAACAAGGUCCUCCUCAAGCUUAUAAUGCUAAAGCUGGACAGUAUGAGCCUUCUCAUAGCACUUCAGGUGUUUCUCUUCCUCCUCCCCCUUCAUCACAAACCAAACCAGAAGUUUUGCCUUCCAACAGUAAACCACUGCCUGCACCACCAUCCCUAGCUGAGGAAGAAGAAGAUCCAGCCAUGAAACCGCAGUCUGUGCGUAGCAGGGUCAAGAUAUUUGAAAGGAGAAGAUCCCCAUCUUUGGAAAAAAUGAAGGAUGUGAGUGAUACAUCAACUGUCAAGCCUCCAGAACUAGCACCUAAGCCAGCACUCACAAGUGUGAGUGGUCCGAAACCACCUUCUCAAAGCCAGUAUGAGCACGAGAAAACAACUUACAGGGCCCCAGAACCACAGAGACCUCAAAUGAAGCCACCUGAAGAUAUUGUGCGUUCCAAUCAUUAUGAUCCUGAGGAAGAUGAGGAGUAUUACCGGAAGCAGCUCUCCUACUUUGAUCGCAGGAGUUUUGAAAAUAAGCCAUCGGCACAGGUUCCUGCCAGCCAUCACUCUGAGCCCACUAAACCAAUACAUUCACAGAAUCAGCUGAAUUUCAGUAAUUAUUCUAAGGGGAAACCAACUGAUACAGACUCGGUGGAUAGAACCGUUGGUGAAAAACGCUAUGAGCCAAUCCCUCAAGUUACAACUCCUCCUCCUGCUCCUUCUGUCCAGUACACACAGCCACAGUCAAUUAAUAGUCCUGUCCUGUCUCUCCCAGCACACCACAAGCCUGCGCUUUCUGAAGGUGAGCAUUUGCUUAUUUUAAUUUUCAUUGCAGUUAACUCUGUGUCUGACCCUCCUCCACCUCAGAAUAAGUCAGCAAUUUUCAGAUCCUCUAGAGAGGACACUGUGCAGUCCACUUUUUACCCUCAGAAAAGCUUCCCUGACAAAGGCCCUGUUAAUGGAACUGAGCAGAUUCAGAAAACAGUCACUCCUUCCUACAACCGCUUCUCAACCAAGCCCUACACGAGUGCUGCACGGCCCUUUGAGCGCAAGUUUGAAAGUCCAAAAUUCAACCACAAUCUCUUGCCAAAUGAAUCUCAGCAUAAACCAGAGUUGCCAUCAAAAUCUUCAAAUUCUCCUCAACCGAUUUUGAAAGCACAUAGCUCAUCGCAGCCUUCUGACUUUGAGAGUGGAAUGGACACCUAUGCUGUACAGGUCGACAAGCCUAAAUAUCAACCAAAUAAUGUUAAUGCUGUGCCUAAAGCCAUUCCUGUAAGCCCUACAGCACUUGAGGAUGAGGAGGAGGAAGAUGGACACACUGUUGUAGCCACAGCAAGAGGUGUAUUUAACAGCAAUGGUGGUGUAUUGAGCUCCAUAGAGACUGGAGUUAGUAUUAUUAUACCACAAGGAGCCAUUCCAGAAGGAAUAGAGCAAGAAAUAUAUUUCAAAGUCUGCAGAGACAACAGUAUACUUCCACCUUUGGAUAAAGAGAAAGGUGAAACACUUCUUAGCCCCUUGGUAAUGUGUGGGCCUCAUGGACUAAAAUUCCUGAAGCCAGUGGAGCUGCGCCUGCCACACUGUGCGUCUAUGACCCCUGAUGGUUGGUCUUUUGCUCUAAAAUCCUCCGACUCCUCGUCGGGUGACCCCAAAACCUGGCAGAACAAGUCUCUUCCCGGGGAUCCAAACUAUCUUGUUGGAGCAAACUGUGUCUCAGUCCUAAUUGACCACUUCUAAAUAUUAAGUUAGCUGACUGAGUAAAUAAUCUGAAACUGAGAUGGACCUUACAUAUAAACUGAACCACUCUAUCAAGUAUUAACUGUUCUAUAAGUGAUAAUGGAUCUUAGUGUUUAAGCAUCUUGCUUUAACUAACAAUGAAUUAGCAAGUACACUCUGAACCAUGGUCACAAUACAUGCCACAAGCAGGGAGUGUACAGGGGGAACAAGAUGGGGGUUUUACAGGUUCUGUAUGCUUUGGUUUGGUUGUUCUUGUGUGUUGGUUUUUUUGUUUCUUUUUUUCUCUUUGCUUUUGUUCUUUUUCUCUGUUAAAGGACACUACUAGUAUUUUGUUGUUAUCUGAAAGUACCAAUGAAACUAUACACAGAGGAACUAAAUUUGUUUCGUACUCCAGUGUCAUACAGAUUUUGGCCUGCAUUUUUGCAACUGUGUGUUUUUUAACUCACAAGACUACCUUUUUGUCUCUGGUUUUUAAAUGACUUUUGGUGUACAUGUCCAAUGAAAUGGCUGUCAUCUUGGGGUAGCACAGUUUAGAUGUUCUCCUCUGCUGAGAGGAAAUGCAAAUACAUCUCCUUGCUGUAUAUGGAAAUACUGUCCUGAGAACGGGGAGGGGGAAAAGCAUGUGGGAUGACUAUGGUUCAGAUGCCUCUGUGGAUUUGUAAAUUAACCACAUUAUUACAGACCUAUUAACCAGCAGGGAUGCCUUACCCUCAUGUUUUUAAUAGUCUUAGCUCUCAUAGUUCUCUGUAUUAAGUUUGUAUGGCUUUUGUGCUUACUUAGAUAUUAUAUCAUGAGAGAUUGGGGUGGCGGGGAACAACAACAAAAAAUUGUGAGUUUGGUUUAGAGAACAAGCAUUGUUUGUGUUCAUCAGCCAGAAGAGAACCAGAAGAAAAUGAUGGUAUGUUUUCUGCUAUGCAUUUGAAAAUUUAUAGAUGUUAUAGACCGCUUGUAUAUAAUGCGUGCAUACCACUUUUGUUUUUGGUUUGUAAAUUAACUUUUAUAAGCUUUACCUUUUUAUAUAUAUAAAUAUAUAUAAAAACAAACAAAGUUUCUUAAGGAUAUCUUUGUAUUCUCAUACCUUUUGAGCCUUGAACUUUGACAUCUGCAGCAAUAAAGCAGCAUUUCUACAAUAUAUGAACGAGGACAUUUUUUAAAAAUGCACAAAAUUGUUACCUUUUAAAGUGCUGCAUUUAAAGAAUAUAACUCGGAAUUCUCUACUUUGAUUAAAUUCUUGAAAAGUAUCCCUACUGUAAUUUGUCAUAAGGAUGCUGUACUAUGUGCCCUGAAAUGUAUUUUUUUACUAAUAGACAAUUUAUUACGGCACAAUGGCACUACUACUGUUUAGAUAAUAUACCACUGCAUUCUGUUAAUGAGUUAUUAGCUAUUCAGGUGUGGCUGAUUUUUUUUUUUCUCUGCAGUUAUUAAAAUUACACGUUUCUAAAUAUACAGAAUAAAACUGUUUUUAAAAUAAUAAAGAUGAUUGUAGUACCUUAUUGUUUCUGAAAUGCAUUUAUGUGUAUAUAACACAAUUUUGAUUUUAUUUUUUCUAUGUAAGUAGAUAGCUGGAUUCUGCCAUAUGUUCAUAUGUGUAGCAGAACUCCUUUGUGGAGUCAGUUGGAGCUGUCUGCAGCAGAGCUUUUGAAAUUAUGAGCUCUGGUGUGGAUCCAUUGGA